UUUGCCGGCGCACUUGAUAAUAGCAACCUUUCUUACUCGUCAAGAAAGUGAUGCUUAUGGCAGGUGUUAAGAGGCUUUCAUCAUCGCUUUGAGCUUAGCGUGACCAUCAAGGUAACGGCCUAACUCCACCCUCUCACUUCACCAAAAGGAAAAAACGCGCACUUCUGUGAACAAUAAAACAUCCUUCGUCGAACAGGAUUGGUUUCCAGGAUCCUUUUGGCUGCGUGAAGAGAUCUUCUGGUCAAAGACGCGUCUGGAUAAUUUCCAUAUAAAGAGUCGUUCGCCUCGGCUCUUUUCCGUCUGGUGCCAGAGCCUCCUCCAACAAAGCAGCAACCAAGAACAAAUAACUGCGAAGAUGACGGCCGUCUUUGAUCCGGCAAAUGUCAACUUGACGGCUGCUGACCCGGUCGAUAUUAUCUGUUACCUUGCCCAAAGUCAGAACGAAUACAAUGGCAGUCUGGGAGCUCGUAUCUCGUCCAUCUUCGUCAUUGGACUUGUUUCCACAGUCGCUACCUUCUUCCCCGUGUUGGCUGCUCGAGUACGAUGGCUGAGGAUUAACAUCUACGUCUACCUCUUCGCUCGCUACUUCGGAGCUGGCGUCAUCGUAGCCACGGCCUUCAUCCAUCUCCUCGACCCAGCCUACAGUGAAAUCGGCCCCCAAACAUGCGUAGGCAUGACCGGCCACUGGGCCGACUACUCCUGGUGCCCUGCCAUCGUCCUAACAUCCGUCAUGAUCAUCUUCCUCAUGGACUUCGGCGCCGAGCAAUACGUCGACCGCAAAUACGGCCUUGCCCACGGCCCCAACGUCGAGACCCUCAUCACCGACAAGCCGGGCACGACUGAAGGCGCCCUCGACCACCAUCACCCUCGAACCCGCUCCCUCACGCACAACCAGCUGCAUUCGGGCGACCAGGACCAAGCUAUGCACGACAACAUCGCCUUCGCCCAGACCUCGAAAGACCUCCUCCCCUCUGAAGACAACAAAGACGCAAGCGGCGACUCGGAAAAAGGCAAAACGGCCUCGGCGUACGAAGCCGAAGAGAUGUCCUUCCGGCAACAAAUAGCCGCCUUCCUAAUCCUCGAAUUCGGCGUCAUCUUCCACUCCGUGAUCAUCGGGCUCAACCUCGGCUCUACCGGUUCCGAAUUCUCGACCCUGUAUCCCGUUCUCGUCUUCCAUCAAUCGUUCGAAGGUCUCGGCAUCGGGGCCCGUAUGUCAGCCAUCCCGUUCCCGCGCCGCUUCCGCUGGCUGCCGUGGGCGCUGUGCGCGAGUUACGGGGCGACGACGCCGAUUAGCAUCGCGAUUGGGCUCGGGCUCAGGUAUACGUAUGAUAGUGGCAGUUUUACGGCGAAUGUGGUGAGUGGAGUCCUGGAUGCUGUUAGUGCGGGGAUUCUGAUCUAUACGGGGCUGGUGGAGUUGUUGGUAAGGGAUUUUCUGUUUAAUCCUGAUUUGACGCGGGAUCGGAAUCGGUUGGUCUUUAUGGUUGUUUGUGUGUUUUUGGGGACGGCGGUUAUGGCGCUUUUGGGGAAGUGGGCUUGAGAUUUGUGGAGGGGGAGAGGGAGGGUGGUGUGUGCUUGAGGGUGGCAAAUAAUGAUGUUGGAGAAUAGAUGGGAUGAUAGUGGUAUAUGCUGAGGUAGAAUGCACACCAUGCGUUGGACUUCUUCUUUCUUUCUUUCUAUCUUCUUAUUGUAGCACUACCAUUAUGAAAUGUUAACAAACCACAGCAGACCUCCACUAACAAGCAUCCAUCAAUCCACCCAUCCAUCCACCCACUCAACCACGAAACCACGAAACCAACCCCCAUCAAAACACCAACAAACAAACCAACCAACUCCCAACAAUUCCCUAAACUAAAAUCCCCAAUCUCGUUCUCAACCUCAAUCUCAAACCACCUCAUUUGUCCCAAACAAUAAAUACCCUCUUCCUCCUUCUCCUUCUCUCUCUCCUUCUCUAAAACCAUCAAGGCCGUCAA